AUGGCACUCCUCGGGCACUCAAGAACGGCGGAGCAGCAGCAAGAACUGCGAGAAGCGAAGCGGUUACUGCGCGACCGGGUCCGGAACGAUUGGCAUUAUCCUCCGUUACCAGCAUAUCAGCGAUACGCGAGGAAGACGCGAUUAAACGAUACAAGUAGUGAAGGCGUGGCAGAUGGCGAGCAGAAGGAUGCGAGUUUCAGGUUCACGCCUGUGGACCUGAGCAGUGGUCCUCCUGUAGACUCGGAGGUACCGGAUGUGACGGGAUGGCAGGAAAGAGUUAAUAGCACUGAGUCUGGGUCUGAUGCCGAAGCGGCUGCUUCUACUGCUGCGGUCACAAAAGGCCGAAGUGGUUUAAAGGGCAAGCAAAGCACUGAGUUCAGAUUCGAAGGACCAGAUAGUGUUGGGUCGCAAAUACGAGAAAGGAAAGUGGCGCGGAAGAGGAAGAGAAUCAUGGCUGCGCAGGAGGAACUGAGCUGGAAUGAGGGACUGAGUCACUGGACGGCGCAGAGAGAUGCUUGGUCUGGAGCGAGAAGUGCAGCUGCAGAGGAACCAAGUUCGAGGAGUGGCGAGCGAAGAGCACAAAACGAUGCGAGAAGAGUCUCCCUCACAACCGGUGGCUUCGCAAUAUCAGCAGAAAGCACACCACGAACAUCAACAUCCUCCAUAACCUCCCCAGUCGCAACGAGUAGUGCCGCAACGACCCCGGAUCCAACCACGCAACACGUCCCGCAUACACUUCCCGGCACCACACCUCCACACCAAUCCCAACACACACCACCCAACGAACCAUUAAUCCCAACCUGCGCCUCAAUCCUCCCGCACCACCCAAUCCGACGUCGAAUAACACCUUCAAUGUACACAGAAAUUUACACCAAAAUCAUCGUGCAAGGCCGAACCCCCUCGGUCCCAAUAAACCUCCUCACGCUCGUAUCAGCGUUGGUAGAAGGCUGGAAAGCGGACGGGGAAUGGCCUCCCAAACCUGGCGUGGUUGAGCCGACGAUUGGGAGGCGGAAGGGGAAGGGGAGUGGGAGUGGAGGGAGUGGGGUGAGGGAGGGGGUUAAGGCGGUGGUGAGGACGUUGAAGUUGGUGGGGAGUAGUGAGGUGGGGAGUCGGAAGGAUGGAUGA